UUAACAUUGAUCGUCUCUCUCCGCUGAAAGCGUAUAAAUGAACUCAGGCCACUCAGCUGGAAAGCACGGCACCGGUAGUACCAGGAUCUCCUUGGCUCACAGACCCGAUCGCACUCAUGUUCUCCUCGUCCUCGUCCCGCACCCUCCUUGCUCUCGCUGCGGCAGCGCGGAUCGUCUCCGCCGCGACGGUUGGGCCAGUUGGCUCCCUGGUGGUGGCCAACGCAACGAUCUCGCCCGACGGUCUGCCCCGCGCAGCCGUCCUGGCCGGAGGCACGUUCCCUGGAACGCUCGUCACCGGAAACAUCGGCGACAACUUCCAGCUGACGGUCGUCGACCAGCAGCAGGACAACCGCAUGCUCGAGCCGACGUCGAUUCACUGGCAUGGACUGUUCCAGAACGGAACCAACUUCAUGGACGGACCUGCGUUCAUCAACCAGUGCCCGAUCUCCCCCGGAAACUCGUUCACAUACGACUUUACCAGCACGCAAUCAGGAACGUUCUGGUAUCACUCUCAUCUCGCCACCCAGUACUGCGACGGUCUGCGUGGCGCGAUGGUCAUCUACGACCCGGCCGACGCCUACAUCUCCGAGUACGACGUCGACGACGAGUCGACCGUCAUCACUCUCGCCGACUGGUACAACGUCUUUGCUGAGACCGUGGCCGGUGUUGCCACGCCCUCUUCGAUGCUCAUCAACGGUCUCGGACGUACCGCGGCGACCACCGCGAACACGACGCUGGCCGUGAUCAACGUCACCCAAGGCUUGCGCUACCGGUUCCGCCUGGUCAACAUCGGCUGCGACUCCAACUACGUGUUCCAGAUCGACGGCCACACGAACCUGACCAUCAUCGAGGCCGACGGUGUCCUGCACGAGCCGUUGAGCGUCGACUCGAUCCAGAUCUACGCCGCCCAACGGUACUCGUUCAUCAUGACUGCCGACCAAGCGGUCGACAACUACUGGAUCCGCGCCAACCCGAACACCGGUCCGACUGGCUUCACCGGCGGCAUCAACUCUGCGAUCCUCCGCUACAAAGGAGCCAACGCCUCGGAGCCGACCACGUCCCAAGACACGUCCACCAACGGGCUGGUCAACGAAGUGAACCUGCACCCGCUUGUGAACCCUGGCACUUCCGGCGGCGCGUUCAGCGGCGGAGCCGACGUGCAGCUCAACAUGGCUCUGGCGUUUGAUCUCACGACGUUCAAGUUCACGAUCAACGGCGACGCGUUCGUUCCCCCCACGGUUCCCGUCCUGCUCCAGAUCCUGUCCGGUGCACAGACCGCGCAGUCGCUGCUGCCCAACGGCUCGGUGUACUCGCUCCCGCACUUUGCGUCUGUCGAAAUCACGCUCGCAGGAGGUGUGAUCGGUGGUGGCCACCCGUUCCAUUUGCACGGACACACCUUCGAGGUCAUCCGUUCCGCCGGCAGCAGCACCUACAACUACGUCAACCCAGCCCGCCGCGACGUGGUGAACAUCGGAACCACGGGCGACAACGUCACGAUUCGGUUCUUCACGGACAACCGCGGACCGUGGUUCCUCCACUGCCACAUCGACUGGCACUUGGAAGCCGGGUUCGCGGUCGUGAUGGCCGAGGAUGUGGCCGACUGGCAGUCGGAGCUGAUCCCGACUUCGGAGUGGAACCAGCUGUGCCCGACGUACAAUGCGCUGCCGGCGUCGAUCACGUCUCUCGCCGCCUGAGGGAGUCGCAGGCUGAUGUCUAUUUAAUGCUAUUUUGUCUAUACUAUGUCACGCAUUAUUAUCAGAGAGGUGUUGUUCAGGCGCAAAUACAUUAUUCCUUGUCACGU